GGGUCCUAGCGGCUGAGGCGAUCGGCUGCGCGCGGGCGGUUGGUCCUGUGCUUAGGUCUUGCGGCAGCCGGGUGAGGCUCAGCGCCAAAGGGUACUGGGGACUGCGGGAGGCAUGGCUGGGACCUCCGCGCCGGGCACCAGGAGGCGGAGUGAGCCGCUGGCGCCUCGCCCGGGCCCACUGCCUGGCACUGGGUGUCCACCGAGCAAGCGGGCCCGGGGCGCCCCAGCAGCCGCGGCGCCGGACCCCGAAGACCCGUUCGGCGCGCACGAGGACUUCACUGCAGACGACCUGGAGGAACUCGACAGCCUUGCGUCGCAGGCCCUGAGCCAGUGCGCGGCGCCCCGGGGAGUGUCCGGUGUACAUAAGGUCCACAAGUUAGAUGGGAUGUCAAAAAAUCCUUCAGAGAAAAAUAGAACAAGUAUUCCAGUUAAAGAUAAUUUCGAAUUAGAGGUACUUCAGGCACAAUACAAAGAACUUAGAGAAAAGCUGAAGGCAAUGGAAGAAGAAGUCCUCAUUAAGAAUGGAGAAAUUAAAAUUCUACGGGACUCACUGCAUCAGACAGAAUCUAUUCUAGAGGAACAGAGAAGAUCACAUUUUCUUCUUGAACAAGAGAAAACCCAAGCACUCAGUGACAAAGAAAAAGAGUUCUCCAAAAAGCUCCAAUCACUGCAGUCUGAACUCCAGUUUAAAGAUGCAGAGAUGAACGAAUUAAGGACAAAACUUCAGAGCAGUGAACGAGCAAAUAAACUCACUGCUCCCUCCAUUUCCCAUGUCAGUCCUAGGAAAAGCCCUUCUGUGAUUAUAAAGCCAGAAGCAUAUUCUCCACAAUUUGGAAAAACAUCUUUUCCUACAAAGGAGUCUUUUAGUGCUAACAUGUCCCUUCCCCACCCCUGCCAGACAGAGCCAGGAUACAAGCCUCUUGUGGGCAGAGAGGUUUCAGAUAAUAAGACCCAUAGUCUGAGAGGCAAUCCAAUAAAGCAAGAAGAGGCCCAGAAAAGCUUUCUUGACAACUGGAGGCAGAGAUCGAACACUCAAGGUUCCAUCUUGAUAAACCUGCUCCUGAAGCAGCCUUUGACCCCAGGAUCAUCCCUAGGCCUUUGCCAUCUCUUGAGCACUUGUUCUGAGUCUCCUGCUGGCACUUUGCAACCACCAGGGUUUGGCAGUACCGUGGCUGGGAUUUCAGGCCUCAGGACCACAGGUUAUCAUGAUGGGCCAUUUUCCCUCUCAGCCUUGAGAGAAGCACAAAAUGUGGCAUUCACUGGACUCAGUCUGGUUGCCAGGGAUGAAAGCUCAUGUGAUGGAGACCCAGGAGAGGGAGGCAGAAGGGCCUUCCCACUCUGCCAGCUUCCUGGAGCCAUACACUUCCUACCCCUUGUGCAGUUCUUCAUCGGCUUACACUGCCAGGCUCUACAGGAUUUGGCAGCAGCUAAGCGAAGUGGAGCACCUGGGAACUCACCGACACAUUCCUCCUGUGUGAGCUCUGGUGUAGAGGCCAGUCCUGAGGACUCAGUCUGCAACCUGGAAGGCUUCUCUGUGGCUUCACUUAGCAUCCUUCAGCACCUGGUGUGCCACAGCGGAGCAGUUGUCUGCCUAUUACUGUCAGGAGUAGGGGCAGAUUCUGCUGCUGGGGAAGGAAACAGGAGCCUGGUUCACAGACAUAGUCAUGAAGAUGUGACUUCAGCCCCCAGGGAGGUUGCUGAUGACCAAGGACAGCAUCCACUAUUGAAGAUGCUUCUUCACCUAUUGGCUUUCUCUUCUGCAGCAACAGGUCACCUCCAAGCCAGUGUCCUAAGCCAGUGCCUUAAGGUUUUGGUGAAAUUAGCUGAAAACACUUCUUCUGAUUUCUUGCCCAGGUUCCAGUGCAUGUUCCGGUUGUUGCCACGGUGCCUCAGCCCAGAGACACCCCUGCCUAGUGUGCUGCUGACUAUUGAGUUCCUCUCCCUCCUGGCAGACCAUGACAAGCUUGCUCCUCAGCUCUGUUCCCAAUCGGAAGGCUGCCUCCUGCUGUUGCUGUACAUGUACAUCACAUCGCGGCCUGACAAAGUGGCCUCGGAGACACAGUGGCUUCAGCUGGAACAAGAGGCCGUGUGGCUCCUGGCUAAGCUCGGUGUGCAGAGCCCUUCCCCGCCCAUAACUGGCUCCGACUGUCAGUGCAAUGUGGAGGUGGUCAGAGCUCUCACAGUAAUGUUGCACAGACAGUGGCUAACAGUGCGGAGGGCAGGGGGGCCCCCAAAGACUGACCAACAGAAGCGGACAGUGCGGUGUCUGCGGGAUACAGUGCUGCUGCUGCACAGCCUAUCCCAGAAGGACAAGCUCUUUUCUGUGCACUGUGUGGAGGUCCUGCACCAGUAUGACCAGGUGAUGCCGGGGGUCAGCAUGCUGAUUCGAGGGCUUCCUGACGUGACAGAUUGUGAAGGUGAGCUGGCAAGAGGGCCCCUCCCUGCCCCAUGUGUGAGUUCUCUCUUAUGUUUGAGGACAAGUCAGACUCCUUGUCAUUACCCCAGCAGUGUUCUGUCCACCACAGCCUUUUCUGGCACUGAGGACAUUUUCGUUGCCUUCCUACUGUGGUUCUUCUCUGAGCAUAUUGCUCAUAUCCGUUGAGUCGGCCUGGCAGAGUCACGGUUUUUCCAGAAAUACCCGUGUCUGAAUUGCCUUUGUAUC